GCCUUCUGCAUCAUUUUUCUCCUCCUCCUCCACCCAACCCCAUCCCCCAUCCGGCUUCCCGCAUCCCAAUCAAUCCCCUCCUCCCCACGCCGCAGCUCCACAAUGCGCUCCGCGUCCUCCCGCAGACUCGUGGUCGCGUCCCUCGCGGCCUCCGUCUUCAUCCUCCUCCUCUGGUCCCUCGUCGACCCUGGCUCGCUCGCAAACAUGGCCGCACACGCGCCUGAGCAGCAAACCAUCGGCCAAACGACCGCAAACAACAUCAUGCCGCCUAUCGCCGAUCUCAACGGCCAGUCUGCGUCUGCCCCUGCCUUGACUGUCGAGACUGUCGACACUCUUGCCGAUGAAGACUCCCCCGCCACUCUGUCCUCUGCUGUCGUCGCCGACGCCGACAUCGACGCCAACGUCACCGCCGAUGCCACCGUCGGCCUCGUCGCUGGCGCCGAGGAGACUGAGACUCAGGAAGAGGAGGCCGAAGAGGAGGCCGAAGAGGAGGCCGAAGAAGAAACUCUCUCGCUGCCGCUCGUCAAUGGCAAGCCCAUCGACAUCAACUUCCUCAUCCCGCUCUCCUCCACGCACUUCAACUUCUGCCGCUCGCUCUACACCGCCCUCAUCAACGACUACCCCAAGCCCACGCUCAUCAACUGGGGCAGAAAAUUCGAGGACCCCGCCGCCGGACGCGUCUACAAAAUCAGCGGAAUCGACGAGUACCUGCACCGCAUGCGCGACGACGAGUUCGCCUUCAUCCUCGACGGCUACGACGUCUGGUACCAGAUCCCCUACGCCGACUUUGUCACGCGUUUCGUCGAGUCCACAAAAGAAGACAACCACCAGACCGUCGUCUUUGGCGCCGACAAAAAAUGCUGGCCAAACGACCCGAGCUCGCCCGCGUGCACAAACAUCCCCUCCUCGCCGCUGCCGACUGACGUCUACGGACCCAACACCGACGUCAUCAACCAAGUCUACCGCCAGCAGUACAUCAACUUCCGUCCGCGCUGGCUCAACUCGGGAAACAUCAUCGGCCCCGUCACCGAGCUCCGCCACAUCUACGACCAGGCAAACUACUCCAUCACGCACGCGCCACCCGAUCAGGUCUUUUCCGAUCAGAUGUACAUCGCCGACAUCUACGGUGAGCAAAAACUCAAGAUGACUGUCGACUACACCUCCGAGCUCUUCCAGACCAUGACCUUCUCGCACCGCGACAUCACCUUCCUCGAAGACGACAUCUUCUCCUUCCCCCGCAAAAAGCCCGACGAGCGCCGGCUCUACGCAUUCAACCGCAUCACCUCCAAACUCGCCCCUAUCCUCCACUUCAACGGUCCGAAAGAGCACAUGGACGAGUGGUGGCCCAAGAUGUGGUGGUACAGUGAGCGUAACAACCCGGACGUCAUCGCAAAGUCAAAGGAGAUCUACGAAACCGGCGGCGCGUACGAUCCGGACGGGAACUUCAUCCCCUGGAGCGACCUCUGCAUGAACGUCGACGUACACGACGUCGCGACGGGCAAGAUCCUCGAAGACCGGAACACGAGCCGGGAAGAGGCCGAGAAGAAGCUGGCGGAGACAAAGAACGUCGAUGCGGAGGAUGUGCCUCCUGCUGCUGUCGUGCCUGUCCCCACCGCUGCUCCUUUUCCCGAAGCCGCUCCUCCUCCUCCUGAGGAGCCAUCCGUGCUCGAUCCUGUUUUCAACGCUGAUGCGCUGCCGCCUGUGAUCAACGAGGACGACGUCAUCGCCGACGCUGCUGCUGAUGCCGCUGCCGCUCCUGCUCUCGAUACUCCUGUUGCAUACACCUCCAGCGAUGGCGACUCCAGCAGCGGUGAACCCGUCGGUUAAGACUACCCCGCGUCAUCCUUUCCCUCUUCGCAGCCACUCAAAGAUCAUGUAAAAUGCUUUAUCUCCAUUAUCAGUUCGUGUUCUACCACCACACGUUAAUAUCUACGCUAUCAUCCUUCCUUUCAUGUAUCCUCAUGAAUUUUGUAUUAUUCUAUUAUUAUAUCUAAUCCGACCGGGCUUUAUUUCAAUGUCGCGAGUCGUGUUUUUGCGCGCCAUGUUUUACUACAUUUGACUCAUUUUGUUGUUCUUGAGACUUUACUACCUGUUUUGUUUGAUGUUCCGUGACUCUUUCUCGAAUAAUUUGCAUCUUUCUAUUGUUGUGUUUAAUAGAUUCUAUCCACACA